AUGGCGACGCCGCCUCCUGAGGCACCCUCUAUCUUGAAAGAGGAAAAGCCUCGACUGCCGCCGUCGCCAAAUGGAGAUUCCUCAUCUGACGUUGGUCGCGCAGGUGUUCAGCCUUCCGUAACAGAUUCCGCCCCGAUCACGUCUACCAACGGCGCGGAGAUAAUUGAGAAGGAUGCGAAGGGUGCUACUAUAAAUGGCCAUACCCCUGCCCAACAGAAUGGCGUUGUCGCAGCCACUACCGCUUCACCUCCCAAAUCACCCGCGCCUUCAACUUCAGCAACCAACACUUCGCACAAUGAGCCUGUUCGUGCGAGCCCUGUGGUAGACGACAAGACUACCUCUGCCGACAACACACCGAAACAGCCGCCCAACGGCACGGACACAGGCAGCAAUGGUCCAUCUGGAGCGCCAAUGUCGCAAAGUGUACCACAGGGACUUUCUGCUACACCAGGCGGUGCGCAAUCACCACAGAGCAAUGCUGCUGUGAAAACCGAGCUUCCUCACCAUCCCCACAGCGGUGCGCCGCCCGACAAGCCUUCUACCGCAGACGCUACCGCAGCUGCAUCAAGUGUACAACCUUCAGCAGCCAUUGACCAGGAGAUGCGGGAUGCACCGGCUUCACCGUCGAAGCUUUCGAGGGAGCGCGAGAUUGAACCGGACGACGAGCCUUUGGCUAAGCGUGCGAAGAUCGAUACCCAAGGACUGACCGCGUUCAAACCUACGGAACUACCGACCCCUGCCGCAGGAGGAUCGAUGCAUAAUGGCGAGACGCCUCUUACUAAGCCACAACACAAGUUCAUUCUGAAAGCCAUUCAGAGCCUAAAGCGCAUGCAGGACUCGCGAUUCUAUAAAGAGCCUGUCGAUCCCAUCAAAAUGGCUAUACCGACCUAUUUCGAUAUCAUCAAGGAGCCCAUGGAUCUCGGUACCAUCGAGCGAAAACUAAAAGAUAAUCAGUACUCAUCACCGCAGCGCGUCAUGAGUGAUUUCGAGCUUAUGGUUCGGAACGCGCUUGUCUUCAAUGGCUCCGAACAUGUCGUCUCUGUUGAAGGGACAAGGCUCAAAUCUUUUUUCGAGAAGCAGAUGUUGAACCUACCCAAAGCUGACGAAGUGGAUGAUAAAAAGCAUAAGAAGGUCGCGUCCUCCAAGACUUCUACCGCUCGUCGAGACGCGCGACCGUCACUUGGGCCAAACAUAGCACGUCCAGCAGGUGGAUCGCCCCAGGCUACAACGUUCGCACUGGGACCUGAGGGCCUGCCUCUUAUUCGGCGAGACUCCACGAAUCAUGACGGCCGCCCAAAGCGAUCCAUUCACCCUCCCAAGCGCGAUCUUCCUUACUCAACAAAGCCGAAGAAGAAGAAAUUCCAGUGGGAGCUCAAGUUUUGUCGAGAAGUCCUCGAUGAACUGCAAAAAUCCAAACACUACUCAUAUGCAUAUCCUUUCUAUUAUCCCGUUGAUCCAGUCGCCUUGAACAUUCCUACGUACCACAGCAUUAUCAAAAAGCCGAUGGAUCUUUCAACUGUCACCAAUAAACUGAACGCCGGUCAAUAUGAGAACGCCAAAGAGUUUGAGCUGGACAUGCGUCAGAUCGUCAAAAAUUGCUUUAAGUUUAACCUCAAGGGCGAUCCCACAUAUCAGGCUGGUGAAAAAUUCGAGGAGGUAUUCAAUGUUAAGUGGUCACAGAAGGAAAGUUAUUUAGCAGCUCACGAACCUCCUCCCGAGCAACAUAGUGCAGCAUCGUCCUCUGAAGAGAGUGAUGAUGACGAGGAAGGCAGUGACGAUGAGGAAGAAGAAGCGAUCAAUAGGCUGAAACAGCAGAUCGCCGACAUGUCUCAACAGCUGGAGGCGAUGACCCAGAAGAAAAAGAAAACCCCGCCCAAAAAGACGAAAUCGAAGAAGAAGGACAGUAAGAAGAUUGGGCCUACGGGCACUGGCAAGAAAGACAAGAAAGGUGGCGCGAAAUCGGCAAAGCCUGAGAAAGCACGCUACGUUUCCUACCACGAUAAACAGAUUAUCUCGAACGGAAUCAGCAGCCUUCCAGACAAGAAGAUGCAGGAAGCGCUAAAGAUUAUCCAGACUAAUGUUCCGUCUCUCAAAGGCACACAAGAAACUGAAAUUGAACUCGACAUCGAUGAACUUCCCAAUGAUGUUCUUUGGAUGCUUCUCAAAUUCGUGAAGAAGAACGUGCCCCACGUUGUUGAUGACGAUGACGCCUCGUCUCCAGUUGCCCCCAACGCCGCGCCACCGAAACCGAAGAAGAACAAGCCCAUGAGCAAGUACGAACAGGAAGCCCAGAUCAACAUGCUCGAAAGCAACCUUUCUCGCUUCCAAGGCGGAGGGGGCGGUCGCUCUCCUGAACCAGUUCCUUCGGUCGAGGCCAAUGACAGUAGUGGUGAUUCUGAAGAUGACUCUGAAGAAAGCGAGGAAGAGUAA